AUGGCGGCUCCUCCGGGCGAGCACUUCAGCGUUGGGAGCCAGGUGUCGUGCCGGACGUGCCAGGAGCAGCGGCUGCAGGGCGAGGUGGUAGCCUUCGACUACCAGUCCAAAAUGCUGGCUUUAAAAUGUCCCUCUUCCAGUGGAAAGCCCAACCAUGCAGACAUCUCGCUUAUAAACUCACAGUAUGUUUCAGAAGUGGAAAUAAUUAAUGACCGAACAGAAACCCCUCCUCCCCUAGCUUCACUCAACGUUAGUAAGCUUGCCAGCAAAGCACGGACAGAGAAGGAGAAGCUGAGCCAGGCCUAUGCAAUCAGCGCUGGUGUCUCCCUAGAGGGCCAGCAGCUCUUCCAGACCACACACAAGACCAUUAAAGACUGUAAAUGGCAAGAAAAAACAUCGUAG